GUUUCAUUUAUCGUGUUUGGCUCGUCUUUUAUGUAGUGUUGAAUUAAUCUUAAAAUUGUUCAAGAAAAGGGUAAAUUUAACUAAAACAUACAAUAUAGAAUUCUUAAAGCAGUAAUUAUGGCAAACGUUGAGUCGAUGAUUGUUGAAGAAAAGUCUCACAUAAAACCAAUAGAUCGUGAGAAGACCUGCCCACUCCUGCUGCGCGUAUUCUGCUCUACUGGUCGGCACCAUUCCGUAUCUGAAUACAUGUAUGGCAAUGUACCCAGCAAUGAAUUGCAGAUUUAUACCUGGCAAGAUGCUACUCUUCACGAGCUAACUUCGCUAGUUCGCGAUGUAAAUCCUGACACACGCAAAAAAGGCACUUACUUCGACUUUGCAAUAGUUUUUCCGAAUUACCGCAACAAUCACUAUCAGAUGCGUGAAAUUGGUGUCACAUGUACGGGCCAGAAAGGUGCAGACGACACUAAAACAUUGGCGCAAGCUAAAUUCUGUAUUGGCGACUUUUUAGAUAUUUCCAUCACACCACCAAACCGUUUGCCGCCUAUACGCCGUCAAAGACCGUAUUAGUAAGCAAUAUAAGUGCGCUGUUCACAUGGAAUGAUGGGAACAGUGCCCGAGUUUGUAUUUAAGGUACCUUGUGUAGCGUUAUUUAAUUUUCAAUUAUUUUUCCUUUUAAUAUUUUGUAUGAAAAAGUUUGUACACGCUCUGGAUGUACGCGUACGAUUAAGCUUUUGCGCUUAGACAAAAGUUAAAAUCGUUUAUGCAGAAAAAAUACAAUGAAAUAAAAAUUACAACAAAUUUAUAAUUAAAACUGUAAA